UCCUGAUCCUCUUCCAUCAUGCCCAUCCCCAACCCUACCUUCAGCCUCCCUUCCUGCCUUGGACAGUGAGCCAUGGUCGCUUCGCCAUUCUAGUUUUCAUGGAAAUUGCCCGUCACGAGCAUGGGCGUCACAAGAAUUUUUUUUUUUUAUAUAUAGAAUGGAGCAAAAUUCUCGCCAGAAAGCAUGCAGCGAAGGGACUGAGAAAUCACUGGCCGUGGAAAACUUGAAAAGGGAGGCCGGUGCUCCCUCGACGCUUUGUUCAAGACAGCAAUACCAAGGCCUAUUAUUGUAUAUAGCCGCAUGAUUUGUCGAAGCAAUGCAAUUUCUCCCUACAUGCAAACACUGGCAACUCUUCGUUUCCUUGCAACGGGAUCCUUCUACACCGUUCAUGGUGACCUCCAUGAUGUGAGUGUGCCUUCAGUGUGCCGCAUAGUCCAACGUGUGGUGGCUGCUUUAUCAAGAUUGGCACCAGCAGAAGUAAGGUUUCCUGUCCGGCCUCAAGAUGUAGCGCUCACCAAGCAUGAGUUCUUCCAGCUUGCUGGGUUUCCCAAUGUGGUUGGUGCACUAGAUUGCACACACGUCCGUUUAUACGGAGCACCAUUAGGAGAGAACGAACAUUUGUACGUCAACAGGAAGGGAUACCACAGUAUCAACGUUCAGGCAAUCUGUGAUGCCAACUACAGGAUCACUAAUAUUGUAGCCAGAUCAUAUUGUAUGCUAUCAUCUACGGGAGCAUCAUCAGAGAGAGGUUUGACAAUGGAAGAACUUGUCAUAAAUGAUACAACUACUGGUUUUAUUUUGUUCAGACUCAACGGUGUGCUGGUGGGAGACACUGGGUAUGCCUUACGGCCAUGGCUGAUGACGCCUAUUCUUGCACCAACGACUAAUGCUGAAAGGCAUUACAACAGGAGUCACAGAAAGGCGAGGGUCACUGUUGGACAAACGUUUGGCCAACUGAAGCGAAAUAUCCCAUGCUUAUCGCUGGGAAUGAGAGUGUCACCUCAACGAGCCUGCAUCAUAAUCAGGGCUUGCUGUGUCCUCUUCAACCUUUCCAAGGAGUUUCGUCAGCCUGAGCUGGAUGACACAGAUGAUUUGGAAGCAGAUGAUGAUGAUGAUGACCUCCCGUAUGAUGGUCCAAUCCAGGAUGGCUGUAUCCAGCGUGACUUGUUGGUGAACACCUAUUUUUAGAAACAUCUUGAAGAACGCUCUCAGAAGGUUGGAGAUGAGGAGGUAAUAGUGACAGGAAUUGAGAGGACUGUACAGUCAAGC